UGACUCUCAGGUGUGGCAUCUGUGUCCACGCAAUUAUGAGUUCAGCAAAGCCAUAACGUUUACCUCUUUCACUGAAAAGUUAGUGUACUUUUACAAAGACAUUGAAAAGUUUGUCGGCCCGUGAACCAAAUACCAUCAACAAGCUACUAUCAGGAAACUUGGCACUGUGAACCUACACAGCAACAACAUGGAGCAAAGAGAGGAGGCGCAAGAAGAGGAGAAGGACAUUUACAUUCCCAGGUCACCUCCCAGGAAUGCUCAUGGCACAAAUGAAGUCUUGGGGAACCCCACAUUAGCUGCUGAUGACAGAGUCAUCAAAUGGCAAUGUUGUAACAGAACAGUCACUGUUAUAAAGCUACAUAUAAAUACAAAUCCUAAUAAUUAAAUGUCAUGAUAGCCCCGCCCAGCAGCCUGGCUCUGAUGGAGCCCCGACCCAGGAAGAAGCGCCUGAUGGCCCCUGCACUAAGUCUGACACUGGAUCGCAGUGACUCGGCGGUGUCCGAUGACUAUGCCACAGCUGCCCUCAUUCCCUCCCCCGAUGACGACGACCUGGGACUGGACAUCGACUUGGAUGCCAUGGAAACGCCCUCGGACAGCGAGUCCCUCCACUUUCCAGUGCACGACAUGGAUUUGGAGGAUGACCUGCUUCAUCUGGGAGUGGCAUCACGUUGCCAUAAGGCCUUUGGGUCAGUACCAGAGCAGAUGGGAGUGGGCUCUCUUGACCAAGACCAGGUGGACAGCCAGGGCACUAGGUGGCGCAGGUUCUGCAUGGGAGACCCUCCUCAGGAGAGUCUGGUCAACAUGAGUGUACUGGAGCCUUACCUUCGAGUCUUGUCCCAUGGGGGUUACUAUGGAGAUGGGUCUAAUGACAUCAUUGUGUUCUCUUCCUGCUAUCUCCCUGAAAACACCAUGGAGAACUACCAGCAUGUCAUGGACAACCUAUUCAGGUACAUUGUGGGAACGUUGGACCUGAUGGUGGCGGAGAACUACGUCAUUGUGUACCUGUGUGCCAUGGCCCAGCGCAACAAGCUCCCCGGCAUUGGCUGGCUCAGAGAGUGUUACACCACCAUUGACAGAAGGUUGAGGAAGAAUCUGAAAGCUCUAUACAUUGUCCACCCGACCUGGUACAUCAAGGCCCUGAUCACCAUCAUCAAGCCCUUCGUCAGCUCCAAAUUCAGUCGCAAGCUUCAGUUUAUCGACAGAUUUCGGGAGCUGUCCCAGCACAUCCCUAUUGAGCGUGUGCAGAUCCCCGACUGCGUCAGACAGUUUGACGAGAACAUGGACAGGUGACACGCUCAUAAUGGGGAUCUGGAACACAGUGUAAGGUUAGGUACAUGAAGCCAAAAACGUGGACCGAAAAAGGCUCAAAUCUGGCAACCCAUGACUUUGAUACUGAGGAUGAACCUGGCUGCCCAAUAUGAUAGCUGUUUACCAAUGAGAUAACUUUAGUCCUACAUCACUUGGCAGAGUAUCUACUGAAGGACCACAAGUAGAUGCACUGAGUGUACAAAAACUUUAUGAACACCUGCUCUUUCCAUGACAUACUGUCCACUGACCAGGUGAAAGCUAU